CGGGUCAUAUCAUUCAACGAGAGGACGAGUUGUCUUUGUGUUGACAAAUUGCGAAGAUCUAGAGUGUUUGAAUGGAUAUUACCAGGUGCCCGGAGAAAUGGUUAAAACAAGACAAGGAGAGACCUCUGUCUUCCUCCAUUAUGCUGUCGAGUAAGAAGUCGGAUGCAGGUACCUCUUCUUCCGCAUCUUCCUCCUCCUCUGCGGCAGGGGGAGCUGAACGGGCCCCUGAAGCCCAGGCUACUGCCCAGGCUGGGGCCCCUGCUUCAGCACCAGGCCCCAUGGAGAUCAAGAAGAAAGAGCGGGCCUCCCCAAGCGGGGAGCCUGGCGGACCCCCGCUGCCCCACCCUCCCGGCCUCGGGGGCGUGGACCCGGACACGGCCGAGGGCCGCAGGACAAGCCGUCGCAAGCGAUCAAAACAGGUGGAGUACCGCGAGAUGGACGAAAGCCUGGCCAAUCUGUCUGAGGACGAAUACUACUCGGAGGAGGAGCGCAACGCCAAGGCAGAAAAAGAGAGAAAGCAGGUGAUCCCACCGCCGGCUCCGCCUGUGGAGGAGGAGCCGGACAGUGAGCCUGAGGAGCCUUCUGGUGAGUGCGUGGAGGGAGCUGCGUUCCAGAGCCGCCUCCCACACGACCGCAUGACCUCCCAGGAGGCCGCCUGCUUCCCGGACAUCAUCAGCGGGCCCCAGCAGACGCAGAAGGUGUUUCUGUACAUCCGCAACCGCACGCUCCAACUUUGGCUCGAUAACCCGAAAAUCCAGCUGACCUUCGAAGCCACAGCACAGCAACUUGAAGCGCCAUACAACAGUGAUACAGUGCUGGUGCACAGGAUACACAGUUACCUGGAGAGACAUGGCCUCAUCAACUUUGGCAUCUACAAGAGAGUCAAGCCUUUGCCAACGAAGAAGACGGGGAAGGUAAUCAUCAUCGGAGGGGGUGUGUCUGGGCUGGCGGCCGCGCGGCAGCUGCAGAGCUUCGGCAUGGACGUGACCGUACUGGAGGCCAGGGACCGCGUUGGGGGGAGAGUGGCCACCUUCCGGAAGGGCAACUACGUGGCUGAUCUGGGGGCCAUGGUGGUGACAGGACUGGGAGGGAAUCCCAUGGCAGUGGUCAGUAAGCAGGUCAACAUGGAGCUGGCCAAGAUUAAACAGAAGUGCCCUCUGUACGAAGCGAACGGUCAAGCUGGCGAACGAUGCACAAGUGUGCCCAAGGAGAAGGAUGAGAUGGUGGAGCAGGAGUUCAACCGUCUGUUGGAGGCCACCUCCUACCUCAGCCACCAGCUGGACUUCAACUUCCUCAACAACAAGCCUGUGUCUCUGGGACAGGCCCUGGAGGUGGUCAUUCAGUUGCAGGAGAAACAUGUGAAAGAUGAGCAGAUAGAGCACUGGAAGAAGAUAGUCAAGACCCAAGAGGAUCUCAAGGAGCUGUUGAACAAGAUGGUGGGUACCAAGGAGAGGGUCAAAGAGCUGCAUCAGCAGCACAAGGAGGCCAGCGAGGUCAAGCCCCCCAGAGACAUCACCGCUGAGUUCCUGGUCAAGAGCAAGCACCGCGACCUGACCGCACUCUGCAAGGAGUAUGAUGAGCUGGUGGAGUCGCAGGUCAAACUGGAGGAGAAGCUCCAGGAGCUAGAGGCCAACCCACCCAGUGACGUGUACCUGUCGUCCCGGGACAGACAGAUCCUCGACUGGCACUUUGCCAACCUGGAGUUUGCCAACGCCACACCCCUCUCCACCCUCUCGCUCAAGCACUGGGACCAGGACGAUGACUUUGAGUUCACAGGCAGCCACCUGACAGUGAGGAACGGCUACUCCUGUGUCCCCGUGGCUCUGGCCGAGGGCCUGGACAUCAAACUGAACACUGCAGUACGACAGGUCCGAUACACAGCCUCUGGCUGUGAGGUGAUAGCAGUCAACACGCGCUCCACCACCCAGACGUUCAUAUACAAGUGUGACGCGGUGCUGUGCACCCUACCCCUGGGUGUCAUGAAACAACAGCCCCCCGCCGUGCAGUUUGUUCCCCCCCUGCCCGAGUGGAAGACCGCAGCUAUCCAGAGGAUGGGCUUUGGAAACCUCAACAAGGUGGUGCUGUGUUUUGACCGUGUGUUCUGGGACCCCAGUGUGAACCUGUUUGGCCAUGUGGGCAGCACUACAGCCAGCAGGGGAGAACUCUUCCUCUUCUGGAACCUUUACAAAGCCCCCAUACUGCUGGCGCUGAUGGCCGGAGAGGCGGCCGGCAUCAUGGAGAACAUCAGCGACGACGUCAUUGUCGGACGCUGCCUCGCCAUCCUCAAAGGUAUCUUCGGAAGCAGCGCAGUACCUCAGCCCAAGGAAACGGUGGUGACGCGUUGGCGUGCCGACCCCUGGGCGCGGGGCUCCUACUCGUACGUGGCGGCCGGUUCCUCCGGUAACGACUAUGAUCUCAUGGCCCAGCCCAUCACCCCCGGCCCCGCCAUCCCCGGAGCGUCACAGCCCGUCCCACGUCUGUUCUUCGCCGGCGAGCACACGAUCCGCAACUACCCGGCCACGGUGCACGGCGCUUUGCUCAGCGGCCUGCGAGAGGCGGGACGCAUCGCCGACCAGUUCCUGGGCGCCAUGUACACCCUCCCCCGACAAGCCACGCCCACUGCCGCCCCUCAGCCCUCCCCCAGUGUCUAGAACCCUGCCCCUUAUACCAAUGUCCUUCUAUGUUCAAGUGAUGUCGGUGACUUCUGCUAACUAAGAUGUAAAAAAAAAAUGUGCCUGUCAUUUUGUGUUAAUGUUUAACCUCCAUCGAUGUUACUGGACAAACAAACUGCACAUUCCCAAAGGACCGAGCCAGCACCAGUCAUAUCUCUUAUCCUGCAUCGUUCCCUCUCAUCCACCUCCUCAUAACUCGACAGUCAAUGCAGUUAAGUGGAACCUCCAAUGGAACUCUCAGCUGGUUUAGUGUCCCUUCCAGUGCCGCUAGUUAACCAUAGUGCUGUUUGAGCAAGCUCAUGCUAGGAUCUGGUUGUUGAAGGUAACGAAAGCCUCUUUGGUAGGACAGAUCUGGUUCCCACUUCCCAGUCUUAUUCCAGUAGGAAGACACUACACUAGGUGUCAUGCUAACCCCGGUCUACUUUAUCGUUGCCCAGCCCGGGACUUGAACCAGCGACUUUCCUGUUACUGGUCCACCUCCCUAACAUUAAAUGGAUGGAGGAGGAUCAGCAGCCAAUGGAAUCCAGAAACACAGACAAUAAGUCACAAAGGACAGCCAAUCACGCGCUGAUCCAUCCCUAGCUAGCAUUAACACCGUAGCACUGUUUCACUCCCAUUUUAAACCUGAUGUAUUUUCUAUAAAAAAUAUUCUAGCUGCUACGAUGUUGUAGCCUACAAGUGCAUUGUAUUGAUUGUUUUAAGGCUAAUGUUAGUUGUAUGCCUCCUACUGAAUAGGACCUGUACUGUGUAGGGUAUGAUGCAUAGAGGAGUAGUGGGGGGAAAAAUUGCAGUUUGUAUUGAAAUGCAAAAAGAUAAAUACUAUGAUUUAUGUUGAGAGAAAAAAAUCCAGUUGUGAAUGUUUUUGUUACUUAUUGUAUUUAGCAGCUUGUCUUGGUGUAUUUUAUUGUCGGCGUUGCAUACCUUUUUGAUAUGUUUUCAACAUUUGGGUAUACAAAUCUAAUAAAUGCAUGUGUGUCCCA